UGAGAUCAGAUGUUUCUUCGAUGAGAAAAUGCUAAAUGUCGGGUAAAAUCCAUCUCUUUCCAUCUUCUCCUACUGCCAGCCAGAGUGUAAACGCCAAGCGGAUGCUUCACAUUUUAUACAUCCGGUGAAAUAUCUGUCUCAUUGUUCCAUCUGUGAUGUCGCUGUUGAACUGUGGUCGUGGAGGAACAGGAAGUAAAAACAACAACAGAGAAAGCCGCAGAACUGUGCUGUCGAAACGAUAGCUGUUGUAUUACUACAGGACGACUAGAAUUAAGUCUGAGGCCGGUAACAUCAAUAGUGAGGACAAACCCAGCCUGCCUCUCUCCUUCCACACUGACUCCAAACCUACAGUCACUGGGUCCUGAUUGUGACAGUGGAGCCCAGUUUUCACUGCAGGAUCCAGAGAUGGCAUCAGUGAAGCUGGAAGACUACAGUCAAACACUGGAGCUGAAUGUCAACAUUAAAGAUGAAGAAGAGGAGGAGAAGAUUGGGAAAUCUGUUACUCAUGGACACCAUGUUGAGACAUUCUCUACAUCCAGAGAGCAACAGCCGGAAGAUCACAGAGCUAAGAGGUCUCACCACUGCCCACAUUGUGAGGAGAUUUUCCCAAUUCUAUCAAAGCUAAAAAUACACCUAAAAAUACACACUGGCGAGAAUCCGUAUUCCUGCUCUGACUGUGGGAAGACUUUCUCCCGAUUGGAUACCUUAAAAACGCAUGAACGUAUACAUACAGGAAAUGAUCCGUAUUUCUGUACUGACUGUGGGAAAAGCUUCACAACAUCAGGAACUCUGACAAUUCAUCAGAGAGUGCACACUGGAGAGAAGCCUUACUCCUGCUCUGACUGUGGGAAGAGGUUCUCUCAACAGAUCCAUUUACAAAAACACCAACAUAUUCAUACUGGAGAGAAGCCUUACUGCUGCUCUGACUGUGGGAAGAGUUUCUCUCAACAGAACCACUUAAAAUGUCACCAGCGAAUACAUACAGGCGAGAAGCCUUACUCCUGCCCUGACUGUGGGAAGAGUUUCAUCCGAUUGGAUAUUUUAAAAUGCCACCAGCGAAUACAUACAGGAGAGAAGCCUUAUUGCUGCUCUGAGUGUGGGAAGAGUUUCUCCCAACUGGGUAACUUAAAAACACACCAACUUAUACAUAACGGAGAGAAGCCUUACUCCUGCUCUGAUUGUGGUAAGUGCUUCACAACAUCAACUGAUGUAAAAGUUCAUAAAAGAGCACACACAGGAGAGAAGCCUUACUACUGCUCUGACUGUGGGAAGAGUUUCUCCAGAUUGUAUACCUUAACAACACACCAACGUAUACAUAAAGGAGAGAAGCAUUAUCAGUUCUCCCAGACCAGCGACUGCAGUCAAACACUGGAGCUGAAUGUCAACAUUAAAGAUGAAGAUGAGGAGGAGAAGGUUGGGACAUCUGUUUCUGAUGGAGACCAUGUUGAGACAUUCUCUACAUCCAGAGAGCAACAGCAGGAAGGUCACAGAGCUAAGAGGUCUCAUCCCUGCCCACAUUGUGAGGAGAUUUUCCCAUUUCUAUCAAAACUAAAAAUACACUUAAAAAUACACACAGGAGAUAAUCUGUAUUCCUGCACUGACUGUGGGAAGAGUUUAAAAACAUCACAGGCUCUGACAGUUCAUCAGAGAGUGCACACUGGAGAGAAACCUUACUCUUGCUCUGAUUGUGGGGAGCGUUUCUCUCAUCAGAGCAACUUAAAAACACACCAACGUAUACACACAGGUGAGAAGCCUUACAACUGCUCUGACUGUGGAAAAUGUUUCACAACAUCAACUGGACUAACAGUUCAUCAGAGAACACACACAGGAGAGAAGCCUUACUUCUGUUCUGACUGUGGGAGGAGUUUCAUAACAUCAAGGACUCUGACAGUUCAUCAGAAAAUGCACACUGGAGAGAAACCUUACUACUGCUCUGAUUGUGGGGAGAGUUUCUCUCAACAGAGCAAUUUUAAAACACACCAACGUACACACACAGGAGAUAAGCCUUACUACUGCUCUGACUGUGGGAAGGGUUUCUCUCAACAGAUCCACUUAAUAUGUCACCAGCGAAUACACACAGGAGAGAAGCCUUACUCCUGCUCUGACUGUGGGAAGGGUUUCUCCCAACAGAGCAACUUAAAAUGUCACCAACGCAUACAUAAAGGAGAGAAGCCUUACUCCUGCUCUGACUGUGGGAAGUGCUUCACAACAUCAACUGAGCUAAAAGUUCAUCAAAGAGGACACACAGGAGAGAAGCCUUACUCCUGCUCUGACUGUGGGAAGAGUUUCUCCCAACAGGGCAGCUUAAAAAUACACCAACGUAUACAUAAAGGAGAGAAGCCUUACUCCUGCUCUGACUGUGGGAAGUGCUUCACAACAUCAACUGAGCUAAAAAUUCAUCAAAGAAGACACACAGGAGAGAAGCCUUACUCCUGCUCUGACUGUGGGAAGAGUUUCUCCCAAUUGGCUACCUUAAAAACACAUCAACGUAUACAUAAAGGCAAGAAGCCUCAUCAGUUGUCUCAGUCCAUCUGGAUCUGGACCGAGGUCUGUAUUGACCCGCUCUGGAUCUGGACCGUGGUCCGUAUUGACCCAGUCUGGAUCCGGACCGAGGUCCGUAUUGACCCAGUCUGGAUCCGGACCGAGGUCCGUAUUGACCCAGUCUGGAUCCGGACCGAGGUCCGUAUUGACCCAGUCUGGAUCCGGACCGAGGUCCGUAUUGACCCAGUCUGGAUCCGGACCGAGGUCCGUAUUGACCCAGUCUGGAUCCGGGCCGUGGUCCGUAUUGACCCAGUCUGGAUCCGGGCCGUGGUCCGUAUUGACCCAGUCUGGAUCCGGGCCGUGGUCCGUAUUGACCCAGUCUGGAUCCGGACUGAGGUCCACCAGUUGAGUAUGGAGGGUCUUUUACCGACUCAGAUUAAGUCUGAGGCCAGUAACAUCAACAUUGAGGACAAACCAGCCUGCCUCUCUCCUUCCACACUGAGUCCAAACCUACAGUCACUGGGUCCUGAUUGUGACAGUGGAGCCCAGUUUGCACUGCAGGAUCCAGAGAUGGCAUCAGUGAAGCUGGAAGACUGCAGUCAAACACUGGAGCUGAAUGUCAACAUUAAAGAUGAAGAAGAGGAGGAGAAGAUUGGGAAAUCUGUUUAUCACGGAGACCAUGUUGAGACAUUCUCUACAUCCAGAGAGCAACAGCAGGAAGAUCACAGAGCUAAGAGGUCUCACCACUGCCCACAUUGUGAGGAGAUUUUCCCAAUUCUAUCAAAACUAGAAAUACACCUAAAAAUACACACAGGAGAUAAUCUGUAUUCCUGCACUGACUGUGGGAAGAGUUUCACAACAUCACAGGCUCUGACAGUUCAUCUGCGAGUCCACACUGGAGAAAAACCUUACUCCUGCUCUGACUGUGGGGAGAGUUUCUCUCAACAGAGCAGCUUAAAAACACACCAACGUAUACACACAGGAGAGAAGCCUUACUCAUGCUCUGACUGUGGGAAGAGUUUCUCGGUAUCAAGCAACUUAAAAACACACCUAAAAAUACACACCGGGGAGAAGCCUUACUUCUGCUCUGACUGUGGGGCGAGUUUCUCUCAACAGAGCCACUUACAAACCCACCAACAUAUACACACAGGAGAGAAGCAUUACUUCUGCUCUGACUGCGGAAAAUUCUUCACAACAUCAGCUGAGUUAAGAGUUCAUCAGAGAACACACACAGGAGAGAAGCCUUACUGCUGCUCUGACUGUGGGAAAGGUUUCUCUCAACAGGUCCACUUAAAAUGUCACCAGCGAAUACACACAGGAGAGAAGCCUUACUCCUGCUCUGACUGUGGAAAGAGUUUCACCCGAUUGGAUAUAUUAAAAUGUCACCAGCGAAUACAUACAGGAGAUAAGCCUUACUCCUGCUCUGACUGUGGGAAGAGUUUCUCCCAACAGGGCAACUUAAAAAUACACCAACGUAUACAUAAAGGAGAGAAGCCUUAUUCCUGUUCUGACUGUGGAAAAUGCUUCACAACAUCAACUGAGCUAAAAUCUCAUCAGAGAACACACACAGGAGAGAAGCCUUACUACUGCUCUGACUGUGGGAAGAGUUUUUCCCGAUUGGCUACCUUAAAAACACAUCAAUGUAUACAUAAAGGAGAGAAGCCUCAUCACUUCUCUCAGACCAACUAAGAUUAAAGUCACUAUCAAUUAAUCCUCAUCCCAUAAAAUAAUUGGCGAUGUUGAAUUGGAUCAAAUGAAGAAAGCUUAGAACACGUUUCUCACUGUGAGAGAACUGUGCAGAGGAAAGGGAGCGUCAUCUUCCAUCUUUUUUUAAAACUUCAAAACAUAGAAAUGCGCCAUUUUCACAUGUGUUGUUGUUGGGGUGGUGCUGAGGAUGAUGAAUAGGAAGUUGAAACAUUUUAAAAUGUCCCUUUAAAACCUCUUGGGUCGACCCGGGACGCAUGCAUCCCAUCUAGACAUCCGGAAAUGCAAAUGCACUACGCUAAAUGCUAAUAGCACUCGUUAAAACUCAAAUGUUCAUUAAAACACACAUGCAGGGUACUGAUUUAAAGCUACACUCGUUGUGAAUCCAGCCAACA